AGCAACCGGAGAUGGAGUCGCCGCCGCCGCGCCCGCGCGUGUGCGUCACCGGAGGCGGCGGGUUCAUAGGGUCGUGGCUCGUCAAGCUGCUCCUCUCCCGGGGCUACGCUGUCCACGCCACCGUCCGCGACCCAGGUGAUCCGAAGAACGCGUUCCUGAUGCAGCUGGACGGAGCGCCGGCUAACCUGCGGCUGAUCAAGGCGGACAUGCUCGACUACGACACGGUGGCGGCGGCGUUCGCUGGCUGUCAGGGCGUCUUCCAUGUCGCCACUCCGGUGCCCGAACAUAAGAUCGUUGAUCCACAGAAAGAGAUGAUGGAACCUACUGUCAAGGGAACCAUGAAUGUACUCAAGGCUUCCUCAGCUAUGAAAGUUCAUAAACUUAUUAUGGUCUCAUCCCUCGCCGCUUGUUGCUUUAAUCCGGACUGGCCUCAAGAUAAAAUCAAAGACGAGAGUUGUUGGUCGGACAAAGAGUUCUGCAAGGAGAGUGAGGACUGGUAUUCUCUUGCCAAAACUGAAGCUGAAGAGAUGGCCCUAAAAUUUGGAGAGAAGAACGGUUUGCACGUCACCACACUUUUGCCUUCUCUGGUUUGUGGACCUCUGUUACAACAUGUGGCGGUCAAUACCACCAGCAAGGUUCUCCUUUACAUCAUAAAAGGAGGUCCUGACAUGAUUAACAACAAGUUCUACCCCAUGGUAGACGUUCGGGAUGUCGCUGAGGCAAUGCUCUUGUUGUACAACAAGGCAGGGACAUCCGAGAGAUAUUUAUGCUCAUUGGACCAAAUGGACCUAAAGGAUUUGCUGGGGAUUAUGAAGACCAUGUUCCCUAACUACAGUUAUGCAAACAAGUAAAGUGCCUCCAUAUAAAUGCCUUGUCAUAGCUUGCUCAUCGAUCAUUCUGAAAUAUUUAAAACCACUUUUUUUUGGUUGGCACUUGGCAGGAUGGUUGAUGUGGAUUUUAACGUUACAUUUACUUCUGAUAAGCUCAAGAACUUGGGGUGGAAGCCAAGGAAGUUGGAGGAGAUGCUCACGGAAAGCGUCAAGUCGUAUGAUAAAGCAGGUCUUCUCCGUGUUUCAGAUGGCGAACCUUGCCGACUUCCCGUCUUCUUCCGCGCACCACGUGUCUAGGAAUGGAAAUGAUAAUAUUUGUUCCAUUGAUUUUGUAUUUUUCUUGAAACAUUGUCAAAUUUAUUUUGCACAAGUGGUGUGUAGGAUCAUUAGCUGGCCCAUUCAGGAUGGAUGCAGAUUCAUCAUGUGUAUGUUUGAUGUUUUAGCUAAUCUAUCAAACCAUGGGCAGUUGCAUGUUA